UGUGUUUUUGCUACCGAAGUAAUAAACUUGGCUUCUAGUAAUUUUACUGAAUCUAUUUCUGAGGGAACAUGGUUUAUAAAGUUUUUUGUGCCAUGGUGUCCUCAUUGUCAAAAACUUGCUCCAACAUGGACAAAAGUUUGGGAAGAAAAUGAAAGUUAUUUAAUAUCAAAAAAUCUUCAUAUGGCUAAAGUGGAUUGUACACUUGAUGGAGAUCUUUGUAAUAAAAACGACGUAAAAGGAUAUCCAACUUUACAUGUAUUUAAUCAAGGAAAGUUUGUAGAAACAUAUGAUAGUUUACGCGAUUUUGAUUCAUUAACAAGUUUUGUUAAAAAAAUGGCACAAGAAUAUUAUAUAUUAAGCGAAGAUCAAGAUGAUGAUUCAGUGUUGAGUGAUAGUAAUAAUAACGAAUCUGCCAUCAAACCAAAUCCUUUGGGACAAGUAGUAACUCUUAAUGGCAAAAAUUUUGAUAAGUUGAUAAGUUCUGGUACUUGGUUUAUAAAAUAUUAUGCUCCUUGGUGUGGGCAUUGUCAAAAAUUAGCACCAACUUGGGAAGAAUUAGGUCGUAAAUUACAAAAUAAGUUGAAUAUUGGUAAAGUUGAUUGUACUACUAAUGGAGAUCUUUGUGCUAGAUUUAAAGUUAAAGGUUAUCCAACAUUAAAAUUAGUCCAAGGGCCUGAUGAUGUUACUGAUUAUAAAGGUUCAAGAGAAUUAAUUAGUCUUCAAGAUUUUGCUGAAAGUGCUGCUAAAGCUCGAAUUUUCGAAAUUAAUUUAAAGGAUUUUGAAAGGGCUAAAAAAAUGGACGAUGUAUUAUUCUUAUUCCUUUAUAACGAAACAACCCCAGUUAAAGUUUGGUUAUCGCGCUCUUUUUUCACGGUGAAAUUUUAUUCUAGUUCAGAUUCCAAUCUAAUAGCACAACUAGAUGUUGACAGUUUACCAUCAUUAUUAGUGAUAAAAGACGAUUUUAAAAAAAUAUAUCCAAAUAAUUCAAUAGAAGCAUACACGGAUCGACAGUCACUUAAAGCUUGGAUACAAUCAGAAAAAUAUCCAUUGGUACCGGCAAUGGAUUUUGAAAAUUACGAAGAUAUUUUGGGUGGUGAACGAUUGGUUGUUUUAGGAGUUCUUAGACCACUUGAUGGUAAAACAUUUAUUAAAACAAAAAACGACUUGAAAGACAUUGCAAAACUUUAUUAUAAACAAAUUAAACAAAAAGGAGGAUCAGAAGAUGGCAGAGCUGUUAUUUUUGCAUGGAUAGAUGGGAAAAGAUGGUCUGAUUAUAUUUAUGGUGUUUAUGGAUUGACUAAUAACGAUUUACCUACUAUUUUAAUUGCUGAUCCUGCGAAUGAAUUUUUUGAUACAACAAGAACGGGAGAAAAAAUUUCAUUGGCAGAUCAAGAGAAAUUACUUGCAUCUAUUCAUGAUGCCAAGACAGGAUAUUUGGCUGGAAAAACUAUUAUUCAGAAUUCAGUAAUUAAACAUCCAUUCAUUACAUUGAUAAUACUUUUAUUGGCGGCUGGUGGUGUAUAUAAAUAUUGCUUCAAACCACAAAUAAGAGAGGUUAAAGAUUUUGAAAGAGGAUAUGAAAAAGUUGAAUAA